AUAUCUUGCCAUAUGAUCACAUUGUGCAGUUGAAAUGUCAGGAUCAUUUGGCAUCUUUACUGCAAGAAGUACACAGACUCACUCGACGAUAUUCCAGGACUUCUCAGGAGAGGUAUCUGCGCAGGAGUCUGCAGCUCUUGCUAGCUUGGGUUCAAAAGCAAAGGGUGUCUCGACCUCUGAUGAGACGAAAUUGAGCUACCGAAGUUUCCAAGCGCAGGCUAAAUCACUCAGCGAUAUAAGGCGAGCUGAGCUACAGAUGCGAUUGAUGCUUUGGGAAUAGCAGAACAAGAAACGCCUUACGAUGGCUAGACAGAAACAAGAUCUAGAUAAACAACAACAACAACAACAACCGAAGGAGGGAACUGCUUGGCCGAGUGCACCACAUGAGAUGAAGAAAAGACAGCUGGGCGCCGGGGAGCCAACAGCUUCCACAGAGCCGGAAUUUGUGGAGCUUAUUCAGCAAUCUGGCAGACUAGAGUUGCCAACGGAACAAGUAAUGAAGCGGCCAAGAUAUGAACGAACCCCUGAACCGUCUACUUAUUUGCCUACUCAGCUGCUUUCACAGCCACUCCUUCCUUUAAAUACUUUGCCGAGUGAGCCAUCUAACUCAGUCGAGGUGGACUCGAAAAAGACACGAAGAGACUUCGAUACUCAAGAGGCCUUGUCCAAAACAAGUAUACCUCCUCUAACACAGUGGCCUUCAUGGUGGGAAGCUCACUCACAAGUUGUGCACCAAGUUAUUUGCUCCUCUAGUUUCCAUGCACAAGAAGGAAAGUUGUUCUCAACUGCACCAAGCUGGGCGGCGGAAUCGCAAACUGGAAUCGAAUCCGAAUUCCAUCAUUGUCCUGAAGUACAUCUCACCUCCAGUAUUAGGAUCGCUAACCUUGCUGCAUUCGUCAAACAGUCAGGCAACACUUCAUUCAUUGUCUUCAGAUAUUAUCGAUGCAGUGAUGCAGGGAGAUGGGAUCACUCCCAGAGCAAAGCAGUCUCAGAUACCGGCGUCAGAUACGAUGAGAGUAUUGGCAUGGUUUCGAGCGCUCUUCAGGACAUGAUGGACAGCAUUAGCCAGUGCACAUCAGAUUCUGCAGCCUACUAUCCCAGAAACUCUUCAUCAUAUGGCCACAGCAACCACAGUGAGGGCGAAAGGGAAGACGAGCCAAACGAAUACACGCCGGUAUUUUUCUAUCAUCAUCGCCACAAGCUGGCCAAUAUGCUUAAUUUAGUUGAGGGUCAAGCGAAAAUCCAGUUAUUGGCACUCAUGAACUAUAUUGAAACUACGCAAGGAGAUAGAUUCCGUGAGCUUGAUUCAUCCAUUGCACAAGGGAUUAUUCAUUCGCACAAUAUCACGAUGCUUUUCUGCCCGAACGAUGUGGUCGUGUCUAAGCCCGGUGGGAUAUUGAAAGCUCAAGUCUUACGGGCGUGGCCAAGGAUCGGUGGCACAGGCUUCAUGUUGGAGUGUUGGCACUGGGCUUUCAACGGAGGCGCUCUUAGUCGGAAGCACAUAACGUUAGAUAUAACAAAACCACUACAGGCAGUUGUCCAAAUUCGCGACCUGGAAGUGUUUCCUGCUAGAUUCGCGAUCGCAGAAGAACUACGACAUCUUGAGUCGCGCGGCGCCAAGUUCUGGAGUCUAAGAUACCAAAGUUUCGUAGCGUAUGCAGGAUGGGACAGCAAAGGCGAUCAGUUUUAUACGAACGAGUCGCGGUGGAUGGUUGACUAUCGAACUUACCGUCAAAUGCAUCCAACUGCAGAGAAUUUUGUCUUUCAAGAUGUGGCAAAAGUCCCGUUAGAUAGGUGGCCAGAGACGAUUCCACAUACCCUGGAGACACUUGAAAGCAACUGCUCGCUUGUUCUUCCGCCAGAAAUUCAUGCCUUCUCCUUUAACAAAAAAGAGUGGAGCUUACUUCUAGUCGACAACAUCCGCCCGGUCAAAUGGAACACGGACGCCUUUGAGCGACUGGUCCUGCCCGCAAAGACGAAAGAUUUAGUCAAAUCACUUGUAAUGGUUCGUGCGUCGCCGCGGGAGUCAAACAAGCGAAAGCUACUAGACAUGAUGAGAGAUGAUAUCAUUGCCGGCAAGGGAAACGGUUUGAUCAUGCUGCUCCAUGGUCCUCCAGGCACCGGCAAGACUUUGACAGCAGAAAGCGUCGCUGAGAUUGCACAAAUGCCGUUGUAUAGUGUCACAUGUGGCGAUAUAGGAACAAAGCCGGAGGUAGUUGAAGAAUACCUGGAAACGGUCCUAAUGCUAGGGAAAAGAUGGAAUUGUGUUCUCCUUCUGGACGAAGCAGAUGUCUUCCUCGAAGAACGUUCAUUGGCAGACUUGGAGAGAAAUAGUCUCGUUUCAGUGUUCCUUCGGACGUUAGAAUACUAUAACGGUAUCCUCAUCCUCACGAGCAACAGGGUGGGCACCUUUGAUGCUGCCUUCACAUCUCGUAUACAGGUUGCACUACACUAUGAUCCACUGACAUCUGCUUCGCGACGGAAAAUUUGGCAAAACUUUUUUGAUAUGCUCCGGACAGACGAGGAGGAUGUCGACCUAGACGACCUACUGGGGCACUUUGAUGAGCUGGUGAGAGGUUACGACAUGAAUGGGCGGCAGAUUCGAAACGCGUUUACGACAGCGAGGCAACUGGCCAUCUUCAAAGGGGAGACUCUCACAUGGGGUCACCUCGAACAGGCGCUACAAAGUGUCUGUAAGUUCAAUACUUACCUCCAGACACUACACGGACACACAGACGACCAGUGGGCUCGCGACGAGAAGCUGAGAUAGGUUGCUACACAGGCGGAUAGCCAGCGUGCAAGUGUGAGAAGCAUGGUGAAUUGAAAUGAUUGUACCCAAGGGAUGCCAUGUUUGACAAAUCUGACUGCGGUUGGGA